GGCCCAAUAGAAAACCCAUGAACGAUCCAACUCACAUAAUAACACCAACAACACAAAACCCUAAAGAGGUUCCCGUCGCCUUAUAGCACCAAACUACACAUUCAUAGGUUGCAGCUCGCCGUCUUCGAAGCACGCACAGCCAAUCUUCUAUCCUUCUCUAGGGAGAUUUAGAAAAAGAAGCGAAGAUGAGUCGAGCAGGAGGUGCCGGAGCAAAGGGGGGAAAGAAGAAGUCAGCGACUUUUGUGAUUGAUUGUGGGAAGCCUGUCGAGGAUAAGAUUAUGGAGAUAGCCUCACUCGAGAAGUUCCUUCAAGAAAGAAUCAAAGUCGGUGGUAAAGCUGGUAAUCUCGGUGAUUCAGUUACGAUUUCUCGUGAGAAGAACAAGAUCUCCGUCACAUCAGACAGCAACUUCUCCAAAAGGUACCUGAAAUAUUUGACAAAGAAAUACUUGAAGAAGCACAAUGUGAGGGACUGGCUCCGUGUGAUUGCUUCCAACAAGGACCGUAACGUAUAUGAGCUAAGAUACUUCAACAUUGCUGAGAACGAGGGUGAGGAGGAAGACUGAGAUUACUUUGUUUUGUUUUAUUUUAUUUUUUUGGGGCAUGGAUUUUGGUUUUGGCUUCUUAGACUUAUUAUUAUUAUUAUUAUCAUCUCAGUUUCUGUUUUCUUUGGAUUUUGAAAUAUUAAUUUGCAUUAGAAGUGUGGCUCCGUUCUAUGUGCUUUUGCUA